AAAUAUACAAGUAAAACGCAUUAAAUAAUAAUUUAUAAGAAUGGAGGGGCGAAAAGCAGCAAUGAUGGGCGCUACAUUACAAAGUUAUACGAAAAGGUGUACGCCCGAUGCCAACCGUGCAGGCCGUCACCAGCUGACGCGUGUGCGGGUACGCAUUUCGCUCCUCCGCCACUGCCACUGCAACUGCCACACCUUCCAUAAUUGCUGCUCCUGCUGCCGCUGCCGCUGCCGGCCUCCAUUUCCAAUCUCCUACCAACGAGCUUUUCUGCUGCUCACGUGCUCUCCGUGCUUCCAUUGGUUUGGUUUGGUUUACCAGCGCGAUUCAAGUUUCUGAACCGACUAACUGAUCGACAGAUUCAGGCUGAAAUUCAAUCCGUUUGCGCCGCUGCCUGUUGCGUGUGGAGAUUUAAUUCAUUCACCGAUUGCGAUUGCAUAGGAGAAGCUCUACCGCAAUGUCGACACUCACAGUAGAUGUACUGCAAAAUGGUUAUGCAAAGAACUCCGAUUCUUCAAGCAAUACGCGUGAAUUAGAAGAAAUUGAUUUUUCAAAGCUACCUGACAGGCCUAAAACUUUGAAUCUGAAUAGGCAGCGAUCCUAUGAUGAAAGGUCAUUUACUGAUCAGCUGCCGUUGCCCUCAGUGUUCUCUCCCCAUCCACCCUCUAGAGCAGAGAACUUCUCACGGGAAUUCGACCAUUUUGACAGUGUGUAUUCGCCAGGGAGGAGGUCAGGACUCAAUACUCCUAUGUCACAAAUUGGCUAUGGCAUGGCCGCUGAGCCACAUCCCAUGAUAGCCGAGGCUUGGGAACAUCUUAUGCGGACAUUAGUGUAUUUCCGUGGCCAGCCGGUUGGGACGAUAGCUGCAUUAGAUAACUCCGAAGAAAAACUUAACUACGAUCAGGUAUUUGUCAGGGAUUUUGUUCCAAGUGCAUUGGCUUUUCUAAUGAAUGGACAGCCAGAAAUUGUGAAAAACUUUAUCUUGAAGACCCUUCGGCUCCAGUCAUGGGAGAAACGGAUCGACAGGUUUCAACUGGGAGAAGGUGUUAUGCCGGCUAGUUUUAAAGUGUUACAUGAUCCAACCAGGAAUACUGAAACAUUGAUAGCUGAUUUUGGCGAGAGUGCGAUUGGAAGAGUGGCUCCAGUUGAUUCUGGCUUUUGGUGGAUUAUACUUCUUCGGGCGUACACUAAGUCAACUGGAGACACGCUUUUGGCUGAGAGGCCAGAAUGUCAGAAGGGCAUACAACUGAUUCUCAGUCUGUGCCUUUCUGAGGGAUUCGAUACAUUUCCUACGCUUCUCUGUGCUGAUGGCUGCAGUAUGAUUGAUCGUAGGAUGGGCGUCUAUGGGUACCCGAUUGAGAUCCAGGCGCUUUUCUUCAUGGCUCUAAGAUGCGCCAUGCUUUUACUGAAACAAGAUGCCUCGGGCAAGGAAUUUAUUGAACGAAUCAUCAAGCGUCUGCAUGCUUUGAGUUAUCACAUGAGGAGUUACUUUUGGCUGGAUCUGAAGCAGCUGAAUGACAUCUAUCGGUAUAAGACAGAGGAAUAUUCCCACACGGCUGUCAACAAGUUUAAUGUCAUGCCGGAUUCCCUUCCGGAGUGGAUUUUUGAUUUUAUGCCACUUCAUGGAGGAUACUUUAUCGGGAAUGUUGGCCCUUCAAACAUGGAUUUCCGCUGGUUUUGCCUUGGAAAUUGCAUUGCAAUACUAUCGUCGCUGGCAACACACGAUCAAGCAACUGCCAUCAUGGAUCUUAUUGAAUCACGAUGGGAGGAAUUGGUUGGAGAUAUGCCUCUUAAAGUAUCCUAUCCAGCUAUGGAGACCCAUGAAUGGCGAAUUGUGACAGGAUGUGAUCCAAAAAACACCCGAUGGAGCUACCACAACGGUGGAUCAUGGCCAGUGCUGUUAUGGCUACUUACAGCGGCAUGCAUCAAAACGGGGCGUCCCCAGAUUGCAAGACGUGCGAUUGAGCUUGCUGAAACCAGGCUGUCGAAAGACGGGUGGCCAGAAUACUACGACGGAAAGUACGGGCGGUUUGUGGGUAAGCAAGCACGGAAAUUCCAGACGUGGUCGGUGGCGGGGUAUUUGGUGGCAAAGAUGAUGCUGGAAGACCCUUCGCAUUUGGGCAUGAUCGCAAUCGAGGAAGACAAGCAGCUGAAACCCGUCCUGAGACGAUCCUCGUCGUGGACGGCCUGAUCUGAUCUCAUCUCAUCUCGAUUAGUUGCCCGUCAAGUUAGGCUUAUAUAUGAUUCUUCUAAUGUGUAGUGUAGCGCCAUGGAAGAUGGAACUGAACUGGAACUAUAUGUGUUUCUUGCAUUCUUUUGCUUUAUGUUUUAGUGUGUUUUGGAUUUUGGAUCAUCUUCUUUUUAUUACUCUUUCCGUCCCAAAUACCGUAUCUGCUAUACUGUAAACACGGUGUUUUAGGAGGGAUGUAUGCAAUAUAUAAUU